AUGAGCGAGGGCCAUUACCAGAGCGGCCAUGAUUCCACGGCGGCCGUGCACUCAGCAGACUUUGCCAACAAUCUGGCGAUGAAUCCGGGAGGACGACCCAGAGAGGGUGCGGUGCACAGCUACCGGGAGGCGUUCGAAGACAGCGAGGCAGACCGACUCGCCAGCAGCCCCACCUUUGCUGGUGGUGGUGAGAGUUCCCCGCCGACCCCCGGCUUCCCCGUAUCUCCACAGACUCCUUACUUCAACAUGUCUCGCUCCCCUCUGGGUUUGGCCAAGACUCCCCUGUCGGCGCUGGGCCUGAAGCCUCAUCAGCAGGGAGGAUCAGACUCUUCUGAUUCUAAUGAUGGAGACCAAGAUAAUCGUGGUUUUGGAGCUCAGCAGUUCAAUACUCCUCUGUCUUCCAGCAGUCCCAUCCACAGUGCUGAUAGUCGAGGGACUGGUUCUCCCAUGAACGCCAACCGGCCCGCCUCCCCCGAGGGCUCCCAGGUCAACAUCAUGGGCAUCCACACGGUCCCAGGCAGCCCCAACACGCUCCACCGCACGGUGGCCACCAACACGCCGCCAAGCCCCGCCCUCCAGAGACGCCUGGGUCAGGCCAGCCCCUCGCUGGCGAGACACCCGCCCCCGGGCGCCGUCCCGUCCAGCCCCCUGAUCGGGCGGAGCCCCAAAAUGGCAUUAGCCGGUGUGCCGCCCAGCCCCCUGAUGGGGCGCCGCGCGAUGGCGAGUACGCCCGAUGAGCUGGGUGCCGCCUCCCACCAGGGCAGCUCCCAGCCGCCCGCCACGCCCGCCUUCCCCGUCUCCCCCCAGCUGCCUGAGAAGAGACACCUGUCCAGCGGAGACGCCGAGAACAAGAACCUGACGCUGACGCCAGUCAGCGGCGGAAGCACGCCCAACCUGUCCGGCGCGCUACCGGAUGUCUUCAAGUCCAUAUACGAUGGGUAUCCGGACAUCAAGAUGAAUGUGAAGUUUGUGCAGGACACCUCCAGGUUCUGGUACAAACCGGACAUCUCCAGAGAACAAGCCAUCAACCUGUUGAAGGACCGGGAGCCCGGCGCCUUCAUCAUCAGAGACAGCCACUCGUUCCGCGGCGCCUACGGCCUGGCCAUGAAGGUGGCGUGCCCGCCGCCGACGGUCCAGCAGAACAAGAAAGUCGGAGACAUGACGAACGAGCUGGUGAGACACUUCCUGAUCGAAACGAGCGCCAAAGGCGUCCGCCUGAAGGGCUGCCCCAACGAACCCUACUUUGGGUGCCUCUCAGCCCUGGUGUACCAACACUCCAGGACCCCGCUGGCCCUGUCCUGCAAGCUGAUGACCCCCACCAAAGACCCAAACGAAGAAGCACUGGAGCUGGCCACGCCCACUGAUCCCGUCCUAGAGCUUCUCAAGCAGGGAGCAGCGUGCAACGUCCUCUACAUCAACUCGGUGGACAUGGAGUCUCUGACGGGGCCUCAGGCCGUGGCCAAGGCCAUCAGCCAGACGCUGGCCAGCAACCCGCUGCCCGCCGCCACCACCAUGCUCUUCAGAGUGUCGGCGCAGGGCAUCACGCUCACCGACAGCCAGAGGAAGAUUUUCUUCAGACGGCAUUAUCCCAUCAGCACGGUCACUUUCUGCAACGUCUAUCCCAAGGACAGGAAUUGGAGCACAUCGUCAGAUGACACAACAACAAAGCUUUUCGGAUUCGUGGCCCGGAAACAAGGAAGCACAACAGACGUGAGCCACCUGUUCGCCGAGCUGGACCCCGACCAGCCCGCCUCCGCCAUCGUCAGCUUCAUCUCCAAGGUGAUGAAGCGAUGAGACCUCUCCGGCGUCAUGGC